AUGAUGGGAAUCGGUGAAGAUGAAGUAAAGUUUGAAGAUCCAGAAGAACGUCAUAGGAAACUAAUAAGUGAGGCCCGAAUCCUGUUGUUGGAUGCCGAAAAGGCACCAGCAAAUCAGUUGGUAUGUAAUGGCAGUGCGGAGUCUCUACGUACACUGCUGGAUGCCUCUAAUAGCUUAAUUUUGUUUGAUCAGCAGGUAACGAUUAAAGAUAUAACUAAAGAUUUGGUCGCAGCAGAGAAAUUUCAGCGAUUGAUUGGAGACCAUAAAUACUAUGAGCAAAAGCAAAUACAGCGAAGUACGCGAAUUGAUUUUAAAACUCUCUUCGGACGACGUGACCCACUGGAAAUGCUCGAAAAGUGCGUGGAAAGCAUGCCAUUAAACGUAAAUGUCAAUGUAGCGCACCUUCGAACAAUACGUCGAACUAGACGGGGAGCUCGCAUUGUGAAAGGAAUCAAGCCGCUUGGGAGAAAAAACGUAUUGCCUGAAAUCAAAUAUGAGAAGUUAGAACAUUGUCAAUGGAAUUCAGAGCAGCAAUCAAUAAAACGUAAUCUCACAUCCAAUAGAAGUUUGAACUUGAACUGUAAUGAAACUCCAGAAAAGAACGAAGGUUCAAGAUAUAAUACCAUCGAUCAGUCUUCAGAGGAUGAUAUUGGAUUGCUGAAUAAAAGUUACGUUAUUGAAAAAAAUUUUGUGGCUGUUCAACCGAUUGAAAUGAUCUGGACGAUGAAUGGUGAUAAUGAGGAGAACGGCUCAGUUGGUACGGAAAGCUUAAAAGCAACGGUGACAAAGAGUGGUGAAAAUGAGUGUUUGAUUCAUUCCGAUGAAGUCACCAUCUCACCCCAAACAUUAGCCUUGUCAGGAACUAAGAAGCCGGGUGGAGAAAAUUCGGUUUACUGCCAAGUUUGUGGCUUGCACAGACUUUGGCAUCAUGUUAUGACAUUUGGACCAAAAAUGUCACAGUUACGGGUUACCGUUGACCAGUUUUCUGUUGGUGGCGUACCCGUAGCGAUUGAUCAAUGGAUAAAGUUGUUCGAAUAUCGCGCCGCUGCUGCGAACAGUAGUGAAAGUUCCUCGGGAAAUCUGUGUAAUACGUGUGCAACAUUUUUCGAAUUCGAUGAUCAUUUAAAACAAAAAGCUGUGUCACUUCGAGAAAUGGUAGAACGAAUUGAAAAAAGAAGCAUGGAAAAGAAAUGCACUGAAAAUUUAGUGCAAAUGGAAGCCAGGGAUUGGAACGAAGAUUUAGUAUAUCGAGUAUUUUUCAAAAAUAUCACAAUAGUUACGAAAAAACCUUCUAGAAUCCAAAGUAAGGUUAAUGCUGAUUCUCAUCUUGAAAUUUCAAGAGAAAUGGGAUUUAAAGAAUGUUCGAAAAAGUUCUUGUGGUUGCCAGCCGUGAAGAUUUCUCAGCUUCUUCUUUGUAUGCGUCACUGUGAAGGUCUCAGUACAGUUUUCGAAUUUCUGAAGAACAAUAAGGAAUUGACGUCAUAUUUAACAACAGAGGAUUGGCAGUGGCUUGCUGUUAUGAAAGCAUACGAGCGUAAUAGAUUUUUCAACCUGAUGCCAAAGGAGGUUAUCACUGAUCUGUUGACAGAGCUCAAAAUUUCGCCAGUCGAAGAUAUUGGAACAGUUUCGUCAGUAUCAGCUUUCGAUGUCUCUGGUAUAGUAAACAGCUCAAAGUCACUGAGUGGAAGCUUAACUAUUUCGCUUGAUGGCAACUGUACUUGUUGUACUCUACCACUGAAGAUGCGAGCUACACAUGACGACGGCUACAUCACAGUAUUUCGUUGCGGUCAUUUGUAUCACCAAAUUUGUCUUCGUGAAGCAAAUUUAUCACGAUGUUUACGGUGUGAACUGGAACGAAGGCGUUAUAGGCAAAAACAACAAGUGGGCAGUAGAAGUGAUGCAAUUAAUCCAUCGCACUCAUCGUCUGUCAGAAGUUCACGACAUUUACCAACCAAAGCUUUGCGUACAACCGUCACUUCGCCUUCGAAUGCAAAGGUACUACAGAAGAUAUAA